AUGUUACAAGACCAAACACAAAAACAGUCCCACCCUCGGGAGUUGUCCAACAACCCAUCGCUGACGCUUGUCACUGGACAAUCACAAAUGCACGGACAGCCACCGCAGAUUUUUGCUUCCCCAUACGCGUCCUUCUCUCACCAACUCCCCAACGGCGCGCAAAUCAUCAACGUUCCGAUGUCUCAGCAGGUGCCCGUGUCGCCCACCACGCCGUUCGACGUGAAUUACGCAAAGGGAAUGUUACCAAGACAGCUUCUGGUGAGCUCGCCGUUCAUCCAGUCGCCCAUGGCCCCCGGUCAGGCGCCUUCUCAGUCAGUGCACGUGGACCGUGCAUCCACAAGAAAUUCUCAGUCCAGCAUUCCUACCGAAAACAACGCUCACCACCAAAUCUCGCACCGAGGGGAGUUUCGCCGAAGGUCCUUUUCAAAGCAGCUCAAGUCCAAUCUCGCACAGGCGGCCAGAGCUCCGAAAACAACAGAGUCGUCAGAGUCGUCAGAACACGAACACGAAGAGUUUGAAACACGCUCGCUGCGGGUCAUCAACCUAAGGUCGGACAUUGGGCUCACCGAUGUUCUGGACUUGAUUGAAUACGGCCCUAUAGAAAAUUGCUCUUUUGAACUGACGCCUCAUUCGAACAACAACAAAGCAAUCAUCCUCUCGUUUGUGAAACGUGAAACCGCCUUCAACUGCUAUUCCGAGCUCAGAACCAUACUGGACGAGCUCCGCGGUGUGCUCGAGUCUCCUGAAAUGGAGCUGCUUCCGGCAAAAAACGUGCCCUUGCUGCCUGCUGUCCAAUCGGCCAUAGAGAACGAUGGCGCAACCAGGGCCGUCUGUCUGAGCAACCUCCCUUCAGGCCUUCCGUUGAGGCUGGUUUACCAGGAGCUCGAAAUGCUGGGCCCUAUAGAGCAUAUCAAGUACGCUCCGAACAAAAACGCGGCUUUUGUCCACUUUACAUCAAUCUCUACGGCUAUCAAGUGCGUUGAGCAGCUUUCAUUGAGCGAAACAAUCCUGUCGACCGCCAAAGUGUUCUAUAGUAAAGAAAAGAACGCUACCAUUCGCCAAUCAAACGGAACUGCCAACAUCGAGUAUGAUUUUGAGGACGAUCAAUACUCCGACUUUUACUCCACUCCCUCGACGUCGUUCUCUUCUCCCCAAAAUGCCAAUAUUGCACUCCAGAAUCUUAGCCGGCAGGCGACUGAAAAUACCGUUUACGGCCCUCACUAUAUGCAGUCCCUGCCCACGCCCAUUCUCCGUCCAUCAUACCCGCCACAAGGAGAAUUUGUUGACUCGUACAAUGGUAUGGUGUAUUCGCAGCAAUCGCUGCCGGAUCUCACGGAUCUGACGCUUUGCAGCAACGGUUCUGUCACUAAUUAUUCGCUCUCAGCGCGGGAUACUGCUGAAGCCUCAUCGAUACAAUCCAAAACGCACUUCAGACAAUCGAACGUUGGAAAUCGGACUAUCUAUCUGCGCAACAUUCACAGAGAAACUACAGCAGAAGAAAUAUGCAACACCGUCAGAGGAGGUCUGCUGGAGUCCAUAAAGCUGAUCCCCGACAGACAUAUCUGCUAUCUGUCCUUUAUAGAGUCCGGCUCUGCUGCGCAAUUCUUUGCUACCAGUACCAAAGAAAAAGUGGUGAUUCACGGCAGAAGAGUCAAAGUGGAUUGGGGAAAGCAUUCAGGGCCCAUAAGCUCACGUGUGCUCCAAGCCGUCGAAAAACAUUCAGCUUCAAGAAAUCUCUAUAUUGGAACAGAACUAGUGUCCGAGGGGACACAGGAGGAAGACCGCCCAAAAAUACCCGACGCGGACACUCUUCGACGCGAUUUCUCGAUAUUUGGAGAGAUUGAGCAGAUCAACUUUUUCAGGGAUGGACAAUGUGCAUUUGUGAAUUUCCUAGACAUCUGCUCUUCGAUCAAUGCUGUAGAGGAUUUCAAUGGUGAAGGAGGUGAUGCUGUCCACGCUUCUUUUGAGAACAGAUACAAAGCUUUUAAAAUCGCUUACGGGAAGGAUCGUUGUGCCAAUCCCCCAAAGUCUAAGAAAAACAAAAAUCGCAAUAGAAAGAAGAACCAGAAUGAUUCCAAGGAGAGUUUCAAAAAAUCAUCCGAAGACGUGUCCGUUACAGACGACGAUGCACUACGCAAAGUUCCUGCAUUGAAAAGUAUAGGCAUAUCCUCCAAGAUGUAUGAGGAGAAACAUGCCAUUGUGUCUCCUGUGAUCGAAGAAACCGAUGACGAGGCAGGCGAGACCAGGGAUGAAUCCCGGUCUCACUCCAAUGAUUCAAACGUAGAGAUCAUCACCAACAAAGCUGAUACGCUAAAAACUUCAAAGGAGACGCCCAAAAUCAACAACUUGCUGCAAGAAUGCAGCCUUUCGAACUCUUCUUCUGAAAGCAUUCCAAAAGCGGUCCCGAAGACCUCGCAAAAGUCGAAUGCAUCCGGAAACAGGUAUCGUGUUCAAAGCAAUUGUUCCAGAUCGUCAUCAAACAAUUCAAUCAAUUACUUCAACCAUUCAGAGCAGUAUCCUCCACAACCGCAAGUCCAAUACCAUCCCUUCUACCAGCAGCCAUCUUUAAUGUACCAACAGCAAUACGCCUUUUCCUACCAGCCUCCUCCAAGUGCAGGCAUCGCAAGACACAAUUCCCCCAGCUCCCGCAAAAUUUUGUAUCACGAACCUACCUCACCUGCUGCGCAGAAAUUUCUGUAUUUGCAGCAGCCGACCAGGUCGCAACAAAUUUACUACAACUAUCCGGAGUAUUAUAGUUAUCUCCCCCAAGAGAGCUUCUACAUGGAGAGCCGCGACGAUGACUCGGAUUUAGGUCCGCAGGUUGAGUCAUACAAUUAG